AUGAGGAUCGCGGGUGGCUCAGAUGCUUGGCUGAGACGUGGCCAGACAGCAGACACUGUGGCCCUUCAAGCUUCCGCAGAUGCCCAAUCUAUCAAUGAAAUCUCCUCAUCGCCACCUGACGACCUAUCAUCGAAAAUAUUGCGUCAGGUUGAGUUUUACUUUUCGGACGCCAACAUUUUGAAGGACCAGUUUAUGCUAAAGUCUGUCAAAUCUAACAAGGAUGGAUGGAUGAAACUAUCAAUUAUCGCUGGUUUCAAUCGUAUACAGAGCUUGACGAAGGACGAACGUGAAAUUCGGGAUGCGUUAAAGGUUUCAAACUGCGUGGAAGUUUCGGAUGAUGGAAUGCUUAUACGCCGAAAAAAUCCCCUCCCGGAAUGGGAUCGACUGGUGUAUACUAGAACCGUUCUUGUCUCCAAUUUUGCUUCAGAUGAAGUUGUGUCCGUUGAUUCAGUAUUAAAGCUCUGUAAGUCAAUGAACCUGCCGGUUGUGCUUGUUCGUAUCGUGGAUGCUGGUAAAGAGGUACCCCGAGAUCUUGCAAAGUCGGCCAGUAUACAUGGCUACCUUGGUGUUCAGAAGUGUGCUGUUGUUGAAUUUGAGUCACGCAACGCUGCGCAACAAGCGGUUGCCUUUUUCAGGGAGGCAUGGCCGAAAUGCUACUCGGCUAUUCUGAUAGUUGUUUUAUCUUCGUAUUUUAGUCCCCAAUCUGAGAUACCUUUGCGUCCACAGAUAGUUCUGACUUCCAGCAAAGAUGCUGGUGCAAAAGUUGUUUUGAUUCGUGAGCCUAGGGCUCCUCAAUCAGACGAAAGUGUUGGGUUCGAACCCGACUGGCGCGAAACCCUGCGUUUGCAACGUUCCUGUCUUCAGGACGCUGACUCCUUCCAGCGUCUCUCCCACUCUACUUGUUCCGAUGAAUUUCUAACCCCUCAGGCAUCCUCACCAUUAAAAUGUCAACAACAACCAGGCGCGGUGGCUACUGGUCAACUUGCAUCGCAGUUCAUGCUACUUGAUGAGGCUAUUGCCUCGCUGGUUCCCAUGGUGAAGACAGGUGAAGAUGGCGGGGAGUAA